AUGAAUCAAGACACGGAUGAGGAGGACGACGAAGAGGAUGAAGACGAUGAUGACGAAGACGAGGAAAGCGACAGUGAUUCUGAGCUGGAAAACGAUGUAGGGCUCUCUGCUGAAGUUUCGGCAUUACGCAGCUCUGCAGAUAAUAGUGGUGUUGCCAACCUCUUUCAAGAUGACGAGGCAGCCACGGCUGGUGCAGCCACUGCUGGGGGCAAAGACAUCUACGAUUUUGAUGCUCAGAGUAUACUCUCAGAUAGACGCUUUAGAAAUUUGCGCCGUAAAAGUGCUCGGGCUGUCGCUCACACAACUCAAAAGGUUCACGGCACUCGACAGGUUCGGAGCAGUAAUGCAGCUGCCACUAGCUGGGGCUCAAACGUGUACAGCGCUUUGGCAACGUCAUUGAAGACACGCUCUGAUUUAGAUGCCUAUACAAACUUUUUGAAGUGUCCCUACCUGAAUAGUACAUUUGAUUCAAUGUUUGUAGAGAUUUGCAAGCCCAGCAAUCAGCACGCAGGAUUAUUCUUUGGGCCUUCCUCAAGCUUACAGAGUCUGAUGGGUCGAGUGAACGAUCCCGAUCGAGUUGUUGAGCUUCUUCACGCAUUCAUGUCCAAGCCUUACGACAAUCUCGCUAACCGACUUGUUUGGUUUGCUCCAAUGACACACCAACAACCGGUUCCAAUGUCAAAUCUAACUCUGGUCAAUCAGGAGCUAGCAACGCUCGCACCGACACUUGAUCCUGAUCUUCGAAUUGAACCGGCCUACCUUUUGGAUGGUAACCUAAACGUUUUAGUACAGACGGGCCCCCCAUUCACCGAUUUGGUUGUGUCCCUUGCGCAGUACAACGCUAUCAACAGCGCUGGAAACGUUGGUCGUUUUAUGACUGAUGUAUCUCAGAUUGUUGUAUCGAACGACUUUUAUGAUUAUUUGAACGAUCUGGUCGCCUUGCCGGUGGAAAAAAUAAUAGGUUAUGCCGAGAGGGCUGGGGGAGACGACUCGGUCAACAUCGAUGCAUUGGACCCUCCCUGUUUGCACCGAUUAACCGCUGCCGUAAACCAUGACAGUCAGCUCAUUGGCAUUGCUUUAACGGACACCUGGAGUCUUGAUCGCGUACCGUUUUCACGCAAUCGCCGAAACAUAAACUUUUCGAAUGGUGACCGAGCUGCUAUUCCUAUUUCAGAAUUUGACCGCGCUUCAAAAGUAAACGCUGAUAUGUCGGUCGAGCUUGACGCGAUCUACUCACUAGUUGACGAAGAACGCUUCUUCUUCCUCAGGUUUGGUAUUGCAAGUGAUCUCCCGGCUCUAAUGGAAGGAAUGUUCACAGCUGACCCCGAAAAGUUAAUAGAGCGCAAGGCAGUUGCGGUCCUGCCUGAUAAUUUGUUUGACAAUCUCAAAUCUGUCUGUUUACGAGAAGUUAUUGCUUCCAGCGGUAGUGCAAUCGUAAACUCUAUUCUUACACAGUUGGCGGUACCCGCAACACCAUCAAACGCACAUGACUUGUAUCAGUGUACGAAGUUCAUCCUUGUUGAUAGUCAACGCAGGGUUCCACUAGCCAUUGUUUUUGAGGCCCCGAUCCGGUUGUCUUGGUCAACGGAAUCUACCGAGUGCUCUGUACGUUCAACAAACGCGAGUGUACAGGAUGAGUUCAUGUCGAUUUCCCCAGAGGCCUUACGAGCAGGCGAGGAAAAGUUCAAUCCAGAAGCUAGCGAAUGCCGUCUCGUUGUA